AGGUCUAGUGUGCAUUGUCUUGCCCUUGAUUAUUGUUUGUGAUUUACCUUUUCAAGCGAGACUGUCAGUUGUUCGUUCACCAGGAGGGAGGAGAAGUUAUUCCUCCAACCCUUCGCCUUCUCCUCUGCUUCGCCAUGGAGGCUCGGGCGAGUUUCUCCCGCGAAGAAAUCAACAGCACGGUGUGGGAGGUUCCGGAGAAGUACACCCGCCUCAAGCAGAUCGGAACCGGGGCGUACGGCUGCGUGUGCUCAGCAAUAAAUGAGAAGACUAAGGAGAGAGUGGCCAUCAAGAAGCUUCACAGGCCCUUUCAAUCAGAGAUCUUUGCUAAAAGGGCCUACCGGGAACUGCGCUUGCUCAAACACAUGAAGCAUGAAAACGUGAUAGGACUUCUUGAUGUGUUUUCAUCUGUUUCCAGCCUCGACGACUUCCAGGACUUCUACCUGGUGAUGCCUUACAUGUUUACGGACCUGUCAAAGGUGCGGGGUCAUCUCUCAGAAGACAAAGUCCAGUUUCUUGUCUACCAAAUGCUCUGUGGACUCAGGUACAUUCACAAGGCUGGAAUAAUUCACAGGGACCUCAAACCUGGAAACUUGGCGGUAAACCAAGACUGUGAACUGAAGAUCCUGGACUUUGGGCUGGCUCGGAGUACAGAUGCUGAGAUGACAGGCUAUGUGGUGACCCGUUGGUACCGGGCGCCUGAGGUCAUUCUGAACUGGAUGCACUACACACAGACUGUGGACAUCUGGUCUGUGGGAUGCAUCAUGGCCGAAAUGAUCAAUGGAAAAACCCUUUUCAAAGGCAAAGACUACAUGGACCAGCUGACACAGAUCAUGAAAGUGACUGGAGUGCCUGGACCAGAGUUCAUACAGAAGCUAGACAGCCAGGAGGCAAAAAAUUAUGUGAAGGCCCUUCCUCACUAUCCCAGAAAAGACUUCUCAACACUGUUUCCCCGAGCCAGUGCAAAGGGUAUCGACCUGCUGGAAAAGAUGCUGGUUCUGGACGGUGACGAGAGGCCCACAGCCGAACUGGCACUGGAGCACCCAUACUUUGACAGCCUCAGGGACCCCGAUGACCUUCCUGAGCCCGAACCUUACGACGAUAGCCACGACAACGCCUCACUAUCUCUGGAGGAGUGGAAGAGGUUGUGUUUCCGAGAGGUGAAGAGCUUUGUGCCAUUCCCCCGGCGAGACUCGAAGAGGAAAAACACACUGACUAUGUCUCCCUGACUUACGAUUGCAUGUCAUGUAAAUACACACAGUAUAUACAGUAUAUGCUCAUGUUCUGACUAC